UCUUCCUCACGCUAGAGUCGGUGUGUUGUCUGUUCCGAACCGAGGAGGCAGCCAUAUUGUUGCUCGGUCGUUUGUUGUCGUUUCUCCCCCCCGACCUCCCAAGAUGCCUCCCAAGAAGCAUCAUCUGAGGCCGACAGCCGCCAACGUGUCCAGCUCCCUGGACCUGGAGUCGGAGGACAUCAGCCUGGAGACCACGGUGCCCACCACGGAGGACGUGUCCUCGUCCGACGAGCAGCGGGCCGGCUCCGGGAAGGUGACCCGCCAGCAGAUCGAGAGGAGGGAGCUGCUGCACAGCGUCCAGCUGCUGAGGAUCGAGCUGUCUCAGAAGAGCCUCAUCGUGGACAACAUGAAGGCGGACCACAUGUGCAAGGUGGACGAGCUGGAGGAGAGGCUGAAUGAUGCUCUCCAUCAGAAACAGGUGCUGACCCUGAGGCUGGACAGCCAGCUGAAACUGGCCCAGGAGGAGAACAGGAAGCAGCAGACUCUGCGGAAGCAGGAGAUGGAAGCCAUCCUGCUCAGGCAGCAGCAGCUGGAGGAGACCAACCGGCAGCUGUGUGAAAAGGCUGGAGAGCUGCGGAGGUCACUCAGGGAUCUGGACAUCUCUCAAGACAGAUUCCACGAGCUCCGUGACCUCCCGGAGGACAGAAUGUCCAUUCAGGAAUACGUAGCUGUUCGUUUCUAUGAGGUGGUGACUCCUCUGAGGACUCAGCUGGCUGAGCUCAGUAUGAAGAAUGGCAGUUUGAAUGAAGUGGCGGACCGACACAGGACUCAGAUGAAAGCUUUGAUGGAGAGCUACGAGGAGGAACGGCGGCUUCGUGCUGAGCUGGAGAUGAGGAGCCAGAGAGUGACCCUGGAACUGGCCGAUACCAAACAGCAGAUCCAUGAAGGGGACUACCGCCGAGAGAACUAUCCAAACAUCAAACGAGACCGUGACCACUUCGAAACCGAACUGAAGGAGUUGAAGAGAAGAUUUGAGACUCUGGACCUGAGUCACACUGCAAUGACCAGAGAAAGGGACACACUCAGCAAAGAGGUGGCAACAUUGCAGCAGUCGGUGAAUCUCCUACAGAAAGACAAGGACUAUCUCCACAGGCAGAACCUGGAGCUGAGUGUUCGAUGUGCACAUGAAGAGGACCGGCUGGAGAGGCUGCAGGUACAAUUAGAAGACACAAAGAAUGCCAGGGAGAACACCUACGAGAAAUACGUAGCAUCCAGAGACCACUAUAAGUCUGAGUACGAAAACAAGUUAAGAGAGGAGUUGGAGAACAUCCGACUGAAAACAAGUCAGGAGAUUGACAACCUGCAGAGAACCUCCAGGGAGAUGUACGAGAGGGAAAACAGGAACCUGCGAGAGGCCAGAGACAACGCUGUGCUGGAGAAAGACAGAGCGGUGGCAGCUGAGAGAGACGCUCAGUCCAGAUACGAUCAGCUGCUGGAACAGUUUCGGCAGCUCCAGCUGGGCACUGACAGCCGGGUGGCGGAGCUGUCUAACCAGGCCAAGCUGCACUCCUUCGAAGCCGAACGCGCUCAGAUGGUCAAGGAGGAAACGGCCAAGGCCCUGGCCCAGUGCCAGGUGGAGUGUGAAAAACAGCAGAAGAAACUGGAGCUCCUCACGCAGGAGUUUUACAGGCUGCAGACGUCAUCAGAGAAGCGGGCGGCGGAGCUGCAAGCUCAGAAUGCCGAGCAGGCCUCUCGCCUGGAGACGUACGAAAGACUCGAGCAAGAGUUGGACCAAGUGACCAUGCAGGCGGCUGAAAUUGAGAAUGAAGAGGAGGCCGAGAGAGUUUUAUUCUCGUACGGCUACGGAGCCAACGUUCCCACGACGGCCAAGAGGAGACUCAAACAGAGCGUUCACCUGGCCCGCAGGGUUCUGCAGCUGGAGAAGCAGAACACGUCGCUGAGGAGGGAGCUGGAUCAACACAAGUCACACACGGGACAGAUAUCUGAGGAGCUGGUGGCAGCCAACCAUCUGUUACAGCAGACGCAGCAGCCCUACAGCUACCUGAUCGAGACGGUGAGGCAGAGGGACGCUCAGAUCAGCUCACUGAAGGAAUGUGUCGCUUCACUAGAGGACGACAUCAGCUCUCUAAGAAAAGAACGGACCGCUCUGCAGCAGGUGAAAAACAACAUGGCCGCCGACCUGGAGAGACUCCUCAACCAUCGAGAGGAGUUAGCGGUGAUGAAGCAGGUCAUGAUCAGCAUGCGGUCCAGACCGGGAGACGCUCCUGACCCGUUGGAAGCUGGGGUCAUGGCGUCUGCUGCGGGAAAGCAGCAGGUCAAACGAAUCAUCAGGACGAAGGAGGAAGAGUCACCGAACAAACCCAAACCCACUGUGUUCACGAAAAAAGAAGUUCCUGGUCGGUUCCAAAAGCAGAAGCAGAAAACCAAAUGAAAUUCAUUCAUUUUCACUCAGGGCUUUUUAACAAUUUUAGGUUUUA